AUGGUGCUCACCGAAGAUGAGCGUCGUGAGUUGCAGCGCUUGCUGGCAAAGUCAGCAGCAGCAGAGGUUGUGCAUACCGAAGGCAGCAUGACCGAUGCGCCCAAGCGACGCCGCUUUGAGGGUGACGACGCCAAGACCAGUGGGUAUUUUGGCAGCGAGCAGCUACCGAUUUCGAAGGCUACCGCGAUGACUGCUGUCGUGAAGACGAGUGGAUCAGCGAGCAGCCAGCGAGCAAGCUUGGCCGAAGAUGAUGGGGAGGAUGACCAGUUCCUUCUCGUCUCCUAUACAGGGGGCGAAGGGGCAUUUGAAGUGAGCCUUCCGGAAAACACUACGAAAUCUCAGUGGGAUCGCACCAUCGCUGAAUUGCCGAAGCUCAAUUCGGUGAAGGAGUGGAAAGGAAGAACCUACGCUGCUUUGGUGGAGAUGAGUGCCACCAAUGCGGAGUUGACAAAGUACCUUGCUUGGGUUCGAACGAAGUUCGGACAUGAAUACAAAGGUGGUCAGCCACGUUCCCAGGCAGUGGACCUGGCCGGUUACCUUACCUAUGUGGGCUUUACGAAAUCCAGCGGGUUCCAAAGGAAGUUGGCGCAGUGA